CGAUAAAACCCUAAAUAUUUUUGAAGCUUCAAAAUGUUUCCCAGCUGUAUCAAUGGUUCUUGAAGACACCUUCGUUUUCCAAUUUGGCAGCCUGCAACAUGGCGACAGCACAUUCUGGGCGCCAGGGCAAGCCUGCCAAGCUCUUAAAGAAGGGCACAGCUACGACAAAAUCCCACCGAUUCGAGUCUUUCUCCCAGCGCGUCGCCAAAUUAAAAAUCGAUCCUAUCCAUCGUGUGCGACGGGCCAGCGUUGGCGAUGACAGCGACUCUGAGUCCGAUUCGUACUUCAGGGCCUCCCUGGAGCACUGGGUGGAACUUAACCUGUCAGAAAACUUCACUCAGUUCUCCCAGCGAGUUAAUCGGCUUUGCGAAAGCUUACCGCAGAUUCUGCAUCAUGAAGAUCGAAUAAUGGGAUUAUUGGCCGAGUAUAUCGGGAAAAGAGAUGAGUUGAGCAUGGAACCGCUGCUGAGUCUUGUAGCUCAGUUUGCACGAGACUUGGGCCAGCGAUUCGAAAGACACUUUGCGUCGACCGUCACGUUGGUGGCCUCCGUCGCAGCCACACAUCCAAAUAUCGAGGUUAUAGAAUGGAGUUUUACAUGUCUGGCAUGGAUUUUCAAGUUCCUGUCCCGCCUCCUUGUUCCGGACUUACGCCAACUACUCGGGAUAAUGUCCCCGUACCUUGGGAAGGAAAAGCAAAAACACUUUGUGACAAGAUUUGCUGCGGAGUCGAUGUCCUUCCUGGUUCGGAAGGCCGCGCUUGUCUACUACAAAAAUAAGGCGCCACUCGACAGAGCCGUUACGUUUCUUUUUGAGGAUCUCGCCAGCACUGAUGGGGAACGUCAGAUUUCAAUGUACCAACAAGGCCUUAUGUCAAUGUUUUCUGAUGCGAUUAAAGGAGUGAAUGGUGGUAUCCAUUCGAAUGGAGCUGACAUCAUACGUUGCCUAAUCAGUGCCGCCGCUGUGAAAGAUGAAGCCCAAAGCGCCCUCGCAGAGCAGGUUCUUAGUGGGGUUGUAAUUAAUUUGGUUCAUCACACAUCCUCAAACACCUUUGGUUCGGUGCUUGAUGUGAUCUGUGAUCACAUUGGAUCCGCUAAACCGAAUGGUAACAUUGCAGCGACGAAGAUUGACAUCCGCUUGAUUUUUGUUGCCGUAACCGCGCGCAAGGGUUCUAGAGUUAGCAACUGGAAAAGAGUACAUCAAACUCUCAUGACCCUUCUUGGUCGCAUCGCUAAAUCGCCCAAUAUCCCGGCGGAUUCAGUUCAACUCCUUUUAGCUUCCGUGGUGACUGCCGUGCAUACGUCCCCGAUGGACGAAUUGCUGUCGUUUAUGCGUCCUAUUAUGGAGUUAAUUAGCGGCGACCGAUUGCGGGACUACUUCCUCCCGUUUUGCUCGUUAUUCUCUACUUUCGGGACCGAUCGAUUUCAAAGCGUUGUACUCCCAUACUUUCAGCGGUUCAUUACUUCGUUCUGGAAGGAUUACGAAUCUGGACUUUGCCAGAUAUUACCCAAACUUCAUGCCGCCCAUUUCGUCACGUCUCAACCUAACAGGCCCGGAUCUUUAAAUUGCCCUGGUGGCUGGAAGGAGGCUAUCGUGGAAAGAUUCAGCAAACUCGAUCCCACAGCCGAGGAUAUCGCUUUCCUACAUUCCUAUACCAAACUCCAUGAGGCUAUAUCACUCACUUCCGAGCCCUCGAUUCUUCCACAGCUAACCCACUGCCUCCACGAUCGGUUAAAGAUUGCUAUGGCACUCUCCCCCAACGUUGGAGAGGGCCAGGUCACAUUUGCCCGAGGCCAAGGGUUUUUGGCUUACGUCCGCCUUGCUACGGAACUAGGCUCACUUGAUUUAGGUCUUUGGAGUAUGAUAGUGUCCAACGGCCCUGAGUGCUCAAAUUGUCCGGUUUUCCUUGAAGCAACCUUGGCUUAUUUGUCUGCUUGUACCAAAUACGAGCAGGUCCCGGACGCAGACCUUGAACCAUUUGCUACAACUCUGAUUAAUAACCUUUCUGGCCCAUCGCACGACAUCAGACAAUUGUCACUCAAGAUUCUCCAAGUUUUAUUGUCCAGGGUGAACGAUAGCGACAGUACUUGCAUAGAAAUAGCGAUCGAAAUCGAACAGAGCGAGCUUACUCUGCAUGCAUCAAGGGCUCUAUCCAUGCAGGUACGCAAACUUGCGAUUGCAUACCCAACGGUGUGUUCCAAAAAGUGGUUGGAUCGAAUUAUUCCAAAUUUCUGUUUUGGUUUGCUAUCUAAACGGCUCGCGUCGCUGUGGGAUGACGCAUGUGAGGCAAUCAAGGCAAUUUGCGAGGUUCCAAAUGGAGAAAGCAUUGUUACGGAGCUCGCCAUGCGCGGGCUACAAGAGCCUAGUCCGCUUGGAACCAAUGCAAAUACCCCCGAAGAAGAAUCCGCUGAAUCGCAUAUUUCGUCGGAAUUCGAAUGCUUUAACGUUUCAAAUGUCGAGAAAACUAUGUGUGCGACUUUCGCUGACUCCCGCAACUCUAAUUCGUUGCUCGCAGAAGAUUUCAAGCGUGCUCAUGUUACGGAACCUCAACGUUCUACUUCUAGUCGAACACAGGCCCUCAAGGUCCUGGGAUCUGUACCUCAAGUGGCGGAGAAACGAUCUCGGCAAUUUGUUCCUCUAUUCCUGAUAUGGGCAGCUCAUGAUGAUGACAUCCCUACCGCCAACGAAUCCAAGCCUUCUGGUACAAGUGGCACAGAUGAUAGUUCUGUUUCUUCCUGGAAUCUGCGUGACCGGAAAGCUAUGCUGGACAUCUUCGGAAAAUUCGUCAACCCCAAAGUUUUAUACAAAGCAGCAGAGGUCCAUGAAGCUUUGCUUGGCCUUCUCGGUAAUGGAGAUACUGAAAUUCAAAAAUCUGCACUGAAGGCUAUUUUCACAUGGAAGUCACCUGCAAUUCAACCUUACGAGACGAACAUUUUGAAUAUUGUGGAUGAUGCGAGAUUCCGAGAUGAACUAUCAGUGUUCUUAAAUGCUGGCCAGGAGGCUAGUACGAUUAAGGAAAAUCAUCGUGCUGAGCUAUUCCCUGUUCUGCUGAGACUUCUAUAUGGCAAGAUUGUCGCCCGUGGGGGCUCUAGGGGUGGACAGGGGACCCAAGAGGCACGCAGAAAGACCAUUUUAAGAACAAUAUCCCAACUCUCUGAAAGCGACUUUGGUCACUUCGUUCAAAUAGCGUUUGGUCCCCUGAGCGAUAUUCGCGUCCUCGAAACCGACCCUGGACAUGGCCAGUGCCUCAAUCAGGAGGUGAUGGGUGUUAGAAAGCAAUAUGGCCUUCUGAAGAUGGUGGAAACUAUGUUCGAAACCCUGAAAACCAAGAUGUCACCUUUCGUUGACCGCUCCAUGAACGUAGUUCUAUACUGUCUUGUCAGAGCUUGCAGGCAGUUGAACGAUGCCAGUUCAGAAGAGAAUCAUUCGUCUCUCAUCCGCAAUACUCGGCAGACAGGUGUCCAUUGUCUCGAUCUGAUAUUUUCUGUUUCGCCCGAUUAUGAUUGGACUCCAUAUAUACCCCUGAUUUUAAACGAGAUCAUCAGCCCAAGAUUAGGAAAUUUCGCCGUGGAAACAGCGCAAAGUGUGUCCGGCCUUCUUCAUCUGUUCCACACCUGGGCGUCCAGCCCCAAGUCAGCUCUCUACUUCCUGCAUGCUGACCAACAGGUCAUUCAACGAAUUGUUGACUGCCUUGGCGUUGAAUCUGCUCGCGAAGACGUCAAGAUAUUUGUUCUGAAUGAAAUUCUUAACAACCUCGUCAGUCGCGCGAAUGGCGAGACAGACGACCCAGAGAAUUUGCCAGAUGCCGCAACAACAGAUCUAAUCCGGUCUAAAGUGCUGGCACCCAAUGUUGAAUACAUAUUGACACAUGUCGAAUCCCUGCUCAGGAAUCAAUCUACGCGGCAACUUACGAUGGCUGCAAUUGAGACCCUAUCUAAACUCGCGCCGUUUGUCCAGUCAUCGCAAGAAACCACGAAACUAAUUAGUACGGCUACAUUUCUCCUUAACGAACCUGCAGAUCGAGUACCCCCCAAAGCCAAAAGCGGACUUCUGCGUGUUAUGCAUCAUUUCCUCCCCCUAUAUGAUCCACGCCAAAAUGUGGACCUCAACCAGCGAAUCUUUGAAGUAAUUUCCUCCCUAUUCGAUUACUUCAAAGAUAACCCGAACCGUGCUAUGCUCUCAUCCGUGUUGUCUGCAUUUGCAAACCACGAAGUGGACCUAAAAGGUGUUGCCGAAUUAUGUGCAGACCUCAACGCUAUAUCAGAGAAAAAUCUUGAUGAAUUAGAUUUCGACCGACGGCUUAGGGCAUUUAACACAAUAAACGAACAGAAGUACAAGGAGUUCACAGCUAGGCAAUGGCGCCCGCUGUUAUUCAAUCUUCUAUACCAUGUUAAAGACGAGGAGGAACUUGCAAUUCGAUCAAGUUCAUCAUUUGGACUGAAAAGGUUUAUCGAGAGCGUGGGUUCAAAACCAGAGGGUGAUAGCGAAGACUACUCAUUUUUGCUCGAGAAAGCUUUGUUGCCUGCGUUGAGGAACGGAGCAAAACACCCUGCCGAGACAGUUCGGGCCGAGUUCGUCUCUGUCUUGGGUUAUUUCAUAACGCAUAACCCGAACCAUCGGGCCGUGACCGACAUGGUGGACUUACUAGCAGGUGGGGAUGAAGAGGCAUCGUUUUUCAAUAAUAUUCUCCAUAUUCAACAACAUCGUCGUCUUCGUGCCUUGCGGCGACUGGCUACUGAGGCUAGACAAGGAAAGUUUGAGUCAUCAAAUAUUAGCUCCUUUUUCUUACCUCUUAUUGAACAUUAUGUGUUUGAUCAGGCAGAAGACGAUAGUGCCCAUAACCUGGCCGCGGAGACAGUUACAGCUAUUGGGGUGCUGUCUGAAGGGCUGGAGUGGAGCCAGUUUAGAGCGAUAUUCCGCCGAUACAAGGGAUAUGUACGAAGUCGCCCUGGGAUGGAAAAGAACGUUAUACGUCUUCUAGGACAGAUGACCGAUGGCUUGUCUCGAGCAAUGAGUAUUGAUAAAGAAGAACAGCCGGUUGCUGGGGAUGGAGAAAUGGAAGGAAUUGAGAAAGAGUCUACGAUUAAAAGCACGCUCUCGAAGACUUUGCCUGCGGAGGCUCGCAUCGGGACAGAACUGAAAACCAACUUCAUCCCUUUCUUAUCCGAGUUUGUACACCAGAAGGAUGAAUCCGAAGUUCAUCUCCGUGUCCCAGUCGCAGUCAUAACUGUUAAGUUACUCAAACUUCUUCCUAAGGAUGAAAUGGCACUUCUUCUCCCAUCGGUACUGCUAGACCUAUCGAACGUUCUUAGAAGUCGGUCUCAGGAUGCUAGGGAUAUGGCCAGAAAAACACUCGCUGAUGUCGCGCUUAUUCUUGGACCUUCUUACUUUGGAUAUAUUCUGAGAGAAUUGCGGAGCACGUUAACAAGAGGAUACCAACUCCAUGUGCUGUCCUUUACAGUCCAUUCGAUUCUUGUAGCCACCAGCGACCAUUUCGAGCCUGGUGACCUCGAUCACAGUCUCGACGCACUAGCAGCCGUGGUGAUGGAUGAUAUUUUCGGCACCGUCGGCCAAGAGAAGGACGCCGAGGAGUACGUGAGCAAAAUGAAGGAGGUAAAGAGUAACAAAAGCUAUGAUUCAAUGGAGCUACUCGCGAAAAUAUCGACAAUCCGCCAUCUCUCGGCUCUUAUUAACCCAGUGCAAGCGCUUUUGCGAGAGAAACUUACGGCUACCAUCAUCAGAAAAGUCGACGAACUGCUUAGACGGAUCGGUGUCGGCCUGCUGCGGAAUCCUGGAGCUGAAAGCCGUGAUCUUUUGGUUUUCUGCUACGAGGUGAUAAAGGAGUCAUACAAAGCAGACACACCACAAAUUGAAACACAGGAGCAAGGUAACAGGGCCCGUUUCAUCGUCAAUUUGCUUAACCCGAGGAACCGUAUGAAUCGAGGAAGCACAUCUUCCUAUUCCUACAAGCUUUCUCGCUUCGGACUUGAUGUUCUCCGCUCCGUGCUAAAUAAGUACCAAUCUCUCAUGACAGCCGCCAACGUUGCAGGGUUCCUUCCCAUUAUUGGAGAUGCAUUGCUACAGAGCUAUGAGGAGGUCAAACUGUCUGCCAUUAGACUCAUAUCCACGAUCAUCAAAGUCCCACUUUCCGAGCUCGAUAGAAACUCUGAUGUAUAUCUAAUGGAAGCUAUUAAGUUGGUCAAAGAAGCUCCGAACACAAAUACCGAAGCUGCCCAAGCUGCCUUGAAGCUCAUCGCUUCCAUCCUACGCGAGCGUAAGAGUACAAAGCUCAAGGACUCCCACCUGGGCUAUUUGUUGAAACGAAUAGCUGCUGACAUCGAGGAGCCUGACCGUCAAGGAGUGGCUUUCAAUUUCAUUCGGGCAGUGAUGUCUCGCAAAUUUAUUGUUCCCGAGAUGUACGAGCUUGUCGAUAAUGUUGCUGCGAUGAUGGUAACAAACCACACAAGAAGUGCUCGCGAUCUCGCAAGAGGUGUCUUUAUACACUUUAUGAUUGAAUACCCUCAAGCUAAAAGCAGGUGGACGAAGCAACUUGGAUUCCUCGCCAAAAACCUUGACUAUCAACAUAAAGAAGGCCGUCAGUCCGUUAUGGAAGCAGUUCAUCUUCUUCUCUCCAAGACCAAUGGCGACCCUGCUCAGGAUAUUGUGGGUAACUUUUUUGUGCCAGUGGUAAUGGUAAUGUCUAAUGAUGAGGCAGUUGAAUGUCGAGAGAUGGCUGGUGUUCUUCUUAAUGAUCUCUUCAGCCGUGCUGAUUCAGAGCAGCUAAAGUCUAUGCUCUCUCCUCUUCGCUCCUGGUUGGAGCAAUCCCAAAACACACUGCUCACUGCCACUGGGUUACAAGCGAUCAGGAUAUUCUUUGAGUCGCAUAGGAACAAUAAAGAAGGCGAAAUGCGUUUUGUUACGGAUUUAUUGCCUCGAAUCCUUGGCCCCGCAGUGGAGAACUGCGAAGGGGAAGAGUGGGAAGUCCUCUACCAUUCGCUACAGCUCUUUACAAAACUAUGCCAGCUCUAUCCAGCGGUUGCCAUGUCCGAGGAUUGCGAGAACAUCUGGCGCUAUGUUUGCGAAAGCCUCUUCUAUCCACACGCGUGGAUCAAGUCAUGCGCAGCAAAUUUAAUUGGAAUAUGGCUUGCAGACGAAGCGAAAGGAAAUGCCGUUACUGGUUAUGGCUCUGUCCCACUCAUCGGCGCAUCUGGUCUUAAGCUCGAAGGCUGCAUGAUGUUAGAUAUUACGCGAGCCAGUCUGCUAUGUCUGAAAUCAACCACUAUUUCCGAAGAUCUCGCAACUCAGACAAUCCGGAAUCUGGUGUUCUUAGGACGCUGCUUCAGCCAGAAUAACCUUGCGUUUUCGAAGAAGGCUGAGGAGCUGGCUGGUGAUUUCAGCGACGACAGCGACGAUGAAGACAACAUUGACCCAGCUACGGUGAAUUCCGCAAAGCAAAACAAGCCAGCAAUUGAAUAUAUUUUCGAACGAGCUGCUGCCAUCCUUCGACGAGAGCCUCGAACCACCCGUGCAGACUCUUUAAUCAAUAAAACGGCUUGCAUGAAACUUCUCGCAGCUCUCUGCACUCAUCUUGACGUCGCUCAAAUUACUCCGUCCCUCCAGACAAUCCUUCUUCCGUUAAUACAUCUAACCGACCCAUCGAUCCCUGCGCCUCGCUCCCUCGAUGAGCAGUUCCAGGCUACUUACAAAGCCCUUGUUAGCAGCAGCCAGGAGAUCCUCGAUUUGUUACAGAAGAAGUUAGGUACGACUGAUUUCGUGACGCAAAUGGCGGCGGUUCGUGAGAGUGUCAAGUCAAGACGGGAGGGUAGAAGAGUUAAGAGGCGCAUCGAAGCUGUUGCUGAUCCUGAGAAGUUCGGCAGAGAAAAGAAGAGGAAGAAUGACCGGAAGCGAGAGAAGAGGAAGGAAAAGGGCGCAGAAUAUCAAGAUCGGAGACGUGGCUGGUGAAUUAUUUUCUUCGUGUUUACGAUAACUUUAGUAUAUUGCAUUUUUAUCCGUUUUCUUUUUUGUGGCACUUGGGAAGUAUGUGUGAUGUUUGGGAUAAUAUAGGCUAAAAAACUGGUCUGAAAUUUUAUCAGGUGACAAGACGAAGCGGCGUUUUAUAUCCCAAUUAUUCGUGUGCAAUGUAUUGUUAUAUAGUACAUACAUAGUCGAACGUGUCUAGAGAAGUCGUCAGCAGGAAAUUCUAGCCCUGGUAUCAUAUAUCAAAACAUCCAACCAACGCCAUAGUAUGAAAAGAACCCGCACCCUCUGUAA